AAACGUGUCAAAGGCGUGAAAGUUUCGCGACAUUUCAUCAUCGGCAAUGAAGCGCAUGUCCUACCAUACGCCGGCUUCGCCGAUCCGCCGCCAGAAGGCCAUACCAAAGGCUGGCGAGUCUACGUGCGGCCAAUACCGAACGGGCCCGACAUCACUACAUGGUUGAAGAAGGUCCAAUUUAAAUUACAUCACACAUAUCCCGACGCGAGUCGCACGAUCGAGGCGCCAGGGCCAUUUGAAGUCACUGAGACCGGAUACGGUGAAUUCGGUGUGGAAAUCAGGCUGUAUUUCGCGCCGGAGAGCGGAGAGAAGGCUGUCUACAGAGAACACUACCUGGUGCUAGGCAGCUAUGGUAGUGAAGAGCAGCGAGCGCGACAGGAUAAAGAGAACAAGAUUGUAGCUGAGCGGAUGGAGACGAUUGAGUUUAAUGAGCCCACGGCCGAUUUCUUUCGCAGUCUGAGCUCUCCAACGCAGUGGGACUGGCGAAUGGUCAAGAAAGGCCGCGGCAAGGGCAAG